AUGGCAAUCACACAAAGGAUCGAAGAAUCCUUAAGAGAUUACCUCACCAGGUUUAACAACGAGUCUACAAGCAUACCCAACUUGCAGCAGGAAAUAGCUGUGGUGGCUCUGAUGAGGGGAAUGAACAACUGCGAGUUCAAGAAGUAUAUGGGAAGGAAAUCCUUUACAGACCUGGGGAGUGCGGUGGUAAAAGCCCACGAGUACAUCAAAAGUGAUGAACUGAUGACAAUCCCGAAUCAUUUCCAGUCAGCACCGACUAAAAGUAUCGCACCCAGGCCCAUCCAACAAACACAACAACCGCAAAAUAGGGGAUACAGAAGAGACAACCAGAAAAGAGAAUACCAAGGGAGAGAGCACCAAAAACAAACAAACCAUACCUACCCUGCAUUCCACGAAUACACCCCACUGAACACUCUAAGAGCUGCCAUCUACAACAUCAACAAAAAUGAGAACUGGAAGAGACCACCUCCAAUGAGUAACAAACCCAGACCGCAGUCGAAGUACUAUGCUUUCCACGAGGACUGUGGGCACUACACAGAAGAGUGUAGAGAUUUGAAAGAUAACAUCGAGGAUAUUAUCAGGAGAGGCUACCUGACACAGUACAGAGCCCGGCAAGACAGCAACAAUCAACACAACCACAACCAGCAAAACCAUAACCCAAACAACAGAUUGCCAACAACCCAAACACCGCUCAUAAUAGAACAAAAAGCACCAGAAACCAGCCGUAACGCAGAAGCUAGAAAUACCUGCCAGAAGAGGCCGACACCCCAUGACGACCCAUUGGUUUUAGGCCUUGAAGUAGCAAACUUUCUGGUAAAGAGAAUACUGGUAGACGGCGGAAGUUCAGCCAAUAUAAUAUUCUGGGAAGCUUUCACUCAAAUCCAAAUAGACGAGAAGGAAUUCACGAGAGUCAACUACCCGGUGAUAGGAUUCUUCGAGGCAACCGUCUUUCCAGAAGGAAGCAUCAGGCUACCGGUACAAAUCGGAGAGGGUAGCGUCGCAAGGGACCUGAUGGUGGAUUUCUUGGUAAUAAAAGUGACGGUUGCGUACAACAUCAUCGUAGGCCGACCAUUCAUCCACGACGCACAAGCAGUAGUGUCAACAUACCACCUAACCAUGAUAUACAUGUCUAACUUCGAGAGAGAAGAGAGAAUCCGGGACAGUCAAGAGUCAGCAAGAUCAUGCUACUUGACGGCAUUAAAAACACCAGACCGGCUAGCUCUAGCUAUGAACAUAACAAGAGAGGCGGCAGUGAAGAGACCCGCAAGAAACCAGAGCUCGAAACCAGAGGGUGAACAAUCUUUGCUGCCAAAGAAAGAAAAAAGAUAG